AAUCAGCUGAUUGUAUUCUGCAGUUCUGCAUCCCUCCAGCAUUCUGCUUCUGGGAAUUGCGAUCUGCAAUGCAAUCUUCUGAAGCGGAGCUUCAGAUUUAAGCUGCAAGAAGACUGGAAAGAAAACCAGAGUUUCGGUUUAUAGUGCUCGAAUUGUAGACUAUGGAAAGAGUUGACAUCAUGAGAAGUCGAAACUGGAAUAUGUGGUUUUUGUUUUUUAAUUAUUAAUUUAAUUUUUUUAUCACUCCAAAUUACUGUUACUGGUAUAAAUAAUUAUUUGUUGUUUCAAUGGAAGUUGACGAAGGAGUACAAUCAACCAACGAUGAUGCCAGUGAGUGCAAGAGAUGUGCUGUACAUUUGGGUUAUUGGGAUGAUAAAUAUAUUUAUAUGUUUGUGAAAUCUGGCGACAGAAAGGCCCCAGAGAUCAAUCAAGGCUAUUUCGCCCGUACUCGUGGAAUUAGAAUGCUAGUUGAUAAAUUUCUAAAGAAAACAGGAGCGGCUUGUCAAAUAGUAAACUUGGGUGCUGGAUUCGAUACAUUGUACUGGCAGUUGAAGGAGCAAAGGAUAUCAGUUGCCAACUACAUUGAAUUGGACUUCCCGGCCGUUACAUCUAGAAAAUGCUAUUACAUAAAGAGGAACAAAACAUUACUCAAUGAAAUCCAUAAUGAAGAUGGAGAAGUGAGACUGAGCGCGACGGACAUGCACGCCGGCAACUAUCACUUGGUCGGCGUCGAUCUUCGCAAUCUGGCAGAAGUCGAGCAAAAACUCAUGCAGUCAGAAAUCAACACUGAGCUGCCAACGUUGUUCAUAUCAGAAUGCGUUCUAGUCUACAUCGAAUCUACGUUCACUCUGCGUCUACUGUCCUGGAUUUCGUCGAAAUUUCCGCUUGCACUGUACAUCAAUUAUGAACAAGUAAAUAUGGAUGAUAAGUUUGGUUCAGUAAUGCUGAACAAUCUUCGUGCCAGAGGCUGCCCUCUAGCAGGCGUAGAUGCGUGCCAAAAUUUGCAAACUCAAACACAUAGGUUUUUGGAUGCAAAAUGGGAUGGCGCAAAAGCGUGGAAUAUGGUGCAAGUGUAUGACGCGAUUCCUGCCAGCGAGAGACAACGAAUCGAGAAGAUCGAGUUCCUGGACGAGCAUGAGCUGCUGAUGCAACUGUUCCAACACUACUGCAUCAGCAUCGGCUGGAAAGGCCAGCUGUUCGCUGACUUGGACAUAACAUAGCAACCAGAGGGCCAUGGACAUGGACAAGGCUUUUUGCCUCAUUUCCAGGCCCUGUCAAUUUAAUUAUUCUUGUCGUUAUUACUGUAAUACUAAUGGAUUGUAUUGAAUUCGCCCCCACCUGCAUGCAGCAAAUUAUGUGUAUAAUUUGUAAUACCCGUGCAUCAAAUACUGCUUCAACCCCUUGUACAUAAUAACAGUAUAUGUGACUUGUUUGUGAUUGAUUUCAGUUGUUAUUUUAGUCACAAAAUAUUUUCACUGUUUUAAUUACUGUACUUCCAUUAUAUUUGUACAAAAGAACUUGAACAUUUUCAAAUUCUAGUGAGAUUUACUUUGAAAUGUCAGCAUAGCUUUUGAAUAACAUGAAUACUUCCCAUUCAUUUUGACAGUUCGAUGUGAAACAAAACUUUUAUUAUGUUUUGUUAAAAGCUUUUAAAUAAGUCAUAUUAAUUGUGUACGUAUUGUGCGCUUUGAUAUAUACUUAUAACUGAUAUCUCAAUGUUAUUAUCAUUCUAGUGUAAAAAAUCGAGAAAAUCUUAUAUUAAAUCUAAAUGUAAAAUAUUCUAAUAACUUCAUUCAGCAAUCAACUAUCAGUAAGUUAAUGAUAUUAUGUUCCCGCUAACACUCGCGCUACGGAAAAUAUUGAUGAGAAUUAAAAUUCAGUAUUGCUCAUUAUUUCAGUGAUUAUUUUUAUAGAUAUGAGUUAUAGUCCUAAUUGUUUAGUUGAGCAAUCUCCGAGUCAAGGUAGUUAUAAUCUUGCUGAUAAGGUUGAUUCGAAUCCAUGAAUCCAAGUCCAUAUUAAAAUAGUAUUAAUUUAUAGUUGGUGAAACAGAUAUUCUUGAAAUUCAUGUCAUUUUAUAUGGAUUAUUAGUGUUUGUUUGUGUGCGGUUCGGUGCACUCGUCAGACCGGCCGGCCGGCCACAACCAAGGCCGAUGUGAGCUGAGCAGUCCAAUCGAAACACUCAACCGAAUUUUUAUAUCUAGAAAGUCUUUUGCUCUUUCUAAAGUUCAAGCACUUUCUUCAACAGCAUCAGAAUUCAUUCAAUUCUCAUAGCGCGAGUAAUCGCGGUUUAUUAAUUACAAUGAAUCAAUAACUUUGGCCAAGCUUUUAAUUAUUAUUGUCCAAUAACAAUAGAGUUGGAUUUUUUAUUUUCAAUCAGUCUAAAUAAUUUUCUCUGUGAAAAUUCAUGGCUCAUGUUUUAAAUAUGUAGAUAGAUAUCUUGAUUUGUAAAGAUAAUAUUUUAAUCCUUGGGUGUAGUCCUUGUUAAUCUAUCUCCUAAUUUCAUGUUUCUGUGAUAAUUCCCUUUUUCUAAAUAUUAUAUUAUACAACGUUAUUUUAAUUAAUAUUUGUAAUGUUUAUCAAAUUUAAAUGUUAUCGAAUAAAAUUUAAGGUUUUGUUUAGAAAAUUGUUUUAAAGCACAAUUAAUUUAACAUUUGAUGUAUGAGUGUUUUUGCUCUGUUGGAAACCAGAUUAAAAAUAUAGUUUCCUCACAUUGAAUGUUUCUUUGAUAUACUUGUAUUGCAUUUCAGCUCAGACGAUUGUUUGUUUCUACAGAUAUUUGUAGAAAGAGAAAUAUUAUGACCUUAUCAAAUCUAGGAUCUUUGAACUCCAGUGAUUACUUGGCGUUUCUAUCAUUGAUAUAGUUAUUCAUACUACUUACAGAUACUUUUAGCUAUUCAAGAUUCGAUUUGCUACUUGUUUAUCGGCCGUUUAACGGAUAAAACCUAAAGGAUUUUCAUCUGGCUAAAACCGCGUUGAAUCACUAAUUUCUUGUGAUUGGAUUUAUGUAAAACAUGAAAACUUUACAUAAAAUCAUAGCCAGUCUAUGAUUUUAAAUUUUGUUUUUGUACUGUUGAAUCGCUCAAGUUGGCUUGAUUUUUCCUUUUCUACGAAAAAACAUUUUUUGAAAAAACACAGUUUUUUUGUCAUAUCCACAUUUAUUAGAUUUGUAUACAGGAUUGAAGUAUUAGAUACAGCUGAAGAUGCGUUGGUUUCAACACGAAACUUCAGUCCUGUAUACAAAUCUAAUAAAAGUGAAUGUGACAAAAAUAAAACUGUGUUUUUCAAUUAUGGAGAAAUUUCUCAAUAUCAAUUCCCAUUCAACAAUUUUUUUUUCAAAACUUUAUUUGUUACAGCUACAUGAAAUCAUGACAAGAUUUGCUAUUAUUGUAUAUUUUUCAUAUCUUCAUUUCUUGUUUACAGGCAUACCGAAAUAUUUAACCUAAUAAGAAAAAUGAAUAAUGUUUUUCAUUAAAUUUAAAUUUUAGAUGUUUUAUUUUUAAGUUCCUUUGAAUUUUCAAUAUGACUUUUCCAGAAAUCAUUGCAUAAUACGAUUAUUUUGUUGUUGCGUUUUGUGCUGCAGUUUGGAUUUAAUUAAUCUACUAUCCAUUUUGCCUCAAGCAAUUGAAUCAACAGUUUAACUUUCAUGUUAUUGUUUUUAAAUGUGAUGUAACUUGAAUCGUCAGGAAAAGAAUAAUCAAAUAGUGAUUUUUGCAAAUAUCUGCUACAGCAUUUUACAACUGCAAACACAAAACCUUGCUCAUUUGAAAGUUUAAUGAAAACAGAGGCGAUUUUGAAUAUUUCCGUUAACUUUUUGUAUCUCAUCUCUGAUCUCUCUUCAUUAUUAUGUGGUGAUGAUAUUAUUUAUUUUUCCAAAAAAUUUCAUGAGAGUGCAGGUAUAUAAAUCAUACAAGAUAAGCGGAUUAAACAAAAUAGCUAUUUAUGAGUGAAUUCUUGAUUUUUAUUUACAUUAUUCCCUUACAUUUACAACAGGCUCUCCAACUUUUAUAACAUUUACUAUUCUAAUGAAUUGCACUUCACUUCAUAUUAUUUACAAUUGAGAUAUUAAAAAAUAGUUUCUUAGUUGAUUUUCAUUAUCGCUUAUAUACAUUUUAUUAAUAAGGUAACUGCCGUCUUAUUUGCAUCUAAUGUUUCUAGUUUAAAAUAAUCCAAAAAAAAAAUUCUGUACUUUUCUGAUGUAAUUAAUUGAACACAUCAAACUCUUGAAAGUCUCAUAAUUGUGUAUUUUUAUAUGGAUAUAAUUAUAAUAUAGAAAUUGAUAUUGCACUAUCCAGAGACAAUUAACCUUGUGAAUGUCAUACCCUAUAAAUAUUUCGUAGUUGUUACCCCAAAUUAUUAUUGUAGUGAAAAAUGUUGAAUUGUCUUCUUGUUUCGCAGAAAUUGAACCAUCUCUAAAUUACUUACACGUCCUUACAUUUUUUUGGACUUGGUAUCCAUCACAUCAUUCAGAAGAUUAUGAAUGUCACGUAAACCCACUCACUGUCAAGUAAAAUAGGGCAGCAUUCUCCAUUACACAAUUUCUUACCACUCUUAAAAUAUCAAAUAUACCUCCUCUAAAUCAUGGGAAUUGAUCGGAUUUUCCUUGGAAGGUAAACUAAAAGGACUGAUAAUAUUGAGCCUUUGAAAUACUAUGAUAUCCAUACUACCACAGUUUUUCAUUCUGAAAAGAGAUUGAACAUUACUUUAUGAGUAAAACAGUUCAUUUUAUCUUUAUCAAUUGGUAAUGUUUAAUACCUGAUGUUUUAAAGUAUUAAUCAUUAUUAUGAUUUUUCAAAACUUCUCAAUUAUUCAACUGAUUAUGGAAUGCAGAUGAAAAGCUAUUCAUGAAUGUAUUCCAUGAUGAUAUAUUCGGAUAUUCUGUAGUAAACAAGACUGAAAUGACUAGAAGCUAGAAUCAAGAACAAUUGCAUCAGUCCAUUUAACUGAUACUGAUUGAUUUUAGGUCUCCAAAAAGUAUUUUGAUUAGACAAUAAUUUUUGUGUAAUAUUUAGUUAAUAUUUUUAUAUACGGUAAUCCCUUUAACACAUAAUCUCCCAUUUUUGUCAGUUUGUACUUUCUUUUAACAAAAAUUUGGGUUAAGUAUGACAUAUUAAUUUAUGGUGUAUGUGAUAUGGUAAUCUGUAUGACUGAAAUGGGAACUCUUGAAUAAUUUUUUCUCUAAAAGGUUUUUAAUCUACAAAAUAUAGAUAUUGUGAUGAAAAUGGUAGCAGUUUUCUAUUAAUAUUCGACCCAUUUUACUGAUCAGAUGCAAAGUAUUUUCAACUGUAAUAUUAAUGUAAUAAAGAACUUAUUCAAUGUGA